UGCUAUUGUCAGAUCCGGGCUCACGACAUUCUGAGAGUGCCCUCCGAACCACCUACUUACUGUCCAGCCUUCACAAGAGGCAGACUUCUCCGAGGACGGAAAACAAUACGCUCAUACACCACCGAUUAGAUUAGACCAUCCACGCGUUCGUGCUCCUGGCGAGCACCGCUCUCCGCUCUCUUUCUAUAUACGUCUCCUCCCUCACUUUGCCUCAAUCCAACCAUGGCGGCGAAGGCUAUGAUCCCGUUCCUGGUGGGCAUGAUGUUGCUCACCGGCGUGUGCAACACGCUCUUGACCAAAUACCAGGACAACCAAUGUGUUCGAAACUGCGACGACCCCGACCCGAAGAAGCGCGCGCAUUUCGAGCAGCCGGUCCUGCAAACGGCGCAAAUGUUUGUCGGUGAAUCGGGCUGCUGGAUUGUCGUCGGCUUCAUGUCUCUAUACCAAAGCUAUGCCAAUAAGCACAAGCGCGAUGGCUACCAGGCUGUCAGCACCCGCGACCCCUCGGCAGCACGCGACAACGACGAUGACGCGGCCAGCAUCACAUCCCAGGACACCCUCAUUACGCGUGAAAGAAGAUCUGGAGCUCCUGAUGGUCUGCUCAGCGGCUUCGGCAUCCUGCUGCUAGCGCUUCCUGCCAUCUGCGAUAUCCUCGGCACCACCCUGAUGAACGCUGGCCUUCUCAUGGUUGCUGCUUCGAUCUACCAGAUGACUCGUGGCGCGCUCGUUCUUUUCGUUGGUCUCUUCAGCGUCAUCUUCCUGAAGCGCAAGCUGCACUUGUUCCACUGGGUAUCCUUGUUUGGCGUCGUGCUCGGGGUCGCGGUGGUCGGCCUUGCUGGCUACCUCUACCCUGAUGUCAAGGCUCAAGCGAAUGCUCUCGUUGCUGAUGCGGCGGAUCCCGGUGCCGAUGCACUCAGGGCCGCUUUUGGUGUUGUGCUCAUUGCUGGCGCCCAGAUCUUUACUGCUACUCAGUUUGUCCUAGAGGAGUUCCUGCUCGAGCGGUCCAACAUCGACCCCCUCCAGGUUGUGGGAUGGGAGGGCCUUUUUGGCCUAGCCACGACCCUGACUGGCAUGCUUGUGCUUCAUUUCGCCAUUGGCAGGACAGAUGCUGGACGCUAUGGACCCUUUGAUAUGGUUGAAGGUCUCCGCCAAAUGACUGACAACAAGGUCGUUCUCGUGUCUAGCUUGCUCAUCAUGGUCAGCAUUGGGGGCUUCAACUUUUUUGGUCUGUCCGUCACGCGCAGCGUCAGCGCCACAUCUCGUUCCACAAUUGACACGUGCCGAACCCUAUUCAUCUGGAUCGUAUCCCUCGGCCUCGGGUGGGAGACAUUCAAAUGGCUCCAGGUCCUUGGUUUCGUUCUCCUCGUCUACUUCACCUUCUUGUUUAACGGCAUUGUCCAGCCUCCCUUCGAGUUCCUCCGCCCCCGCGAGGAGCCCGAGGCCCUUCUCCCGCAGGAACCCAUCGAGCACAACUAGAUACUAAAUCAGGCAAGCAAGGCGGAACAAGCAUUUGUACGCACUGUUACUUAUGGAGAGCUUCUGACAAGUGCAAUGGUGUGGCCGGGUGACCAAGCAUACCGAGCCAAGGUCUUGAAGCACUUCGGGUAUUUUCAUUGGCAUGACUGCGGAGUUUGGGAGUUUUCGUCUUCUUUUUAUAGCUUACGCCGCCGGCAAUUUCCUGAUUGUAUUCUCUUCAGCGGCC